AUGGUUAUUAGGGGAAACCAUUCUAAUCCUUCUUCAAGCGUGGAUGAGCGACAAAUUGCUCAGGCUAUGGAGCUGAUUGCUGCUGCUAUUGGACAACAAAAUACUUUGUUAGCUCAAAUGCGGACCAACUGGGCUAUAGUUGAAGCAGCUAGGACUGAGUGGAUUGAGGAGAUGGAUAAAAUUUUCAUGGUGAUGCAUUGUCCAGAGGAGAGGAAGCUAGUUUAUGUUGUUUAUAUGCUGAUGGGUGAGGCUAGUUUCUGGUGGAAAGGUGCUCAAGCUAUGAUGGAGGCUAGAGGGGAAACAGUAAAUUGGGAGAACUUCAAAAAGGUGUUUUUAGAGAAAUAUUUUCCAGAUAGCGCUAAAUAUGCUAAGGAAGGUAAAUUUUUGAGACUACAGCAAGGGAAUAUGUCAGUACAAGAGUAUGUGGUCAAGUUUGAACACUUGGCUAGGUACUAUUCUCAAGCUAUCACUGAAGGCUAG